AUGGAUGGUUCGGCAAAUCAAAACUCAAGUACUAAGAAGAUUCCUUUCUUUGGAACCACAUCAUCCGAGCAAGCUCCACUAUUAGCGAAUGACGUUCAAGAUGAGCAAAGCCUCGACAGCAGAGAUCCAAAGGCCGAAGAUUCCGAUCAGAAUUGGCUUCAACGAACCUGGCGUUGGGUGCGGGCACAUCUUAUGGUUGCCACAAUUUUAUUGCUACUAGUUGGGGGCAUCAUAGCAUUGUGUGUGUAUUUUGUUUAUUUGAACACGACUGCCGACUCCGAACAAUCAGAGGAUUCUGUUUGCCUGACUCCAUCAUGCGUGCUGGCGGCUUCAGCAAUUUUGGAGAAUAUAUCUCCGAAUUAUCACGACAUCGACCCAUGUACGAAUUUUGACCGAUACGUUUGCGAAGGCUUCCGCGAGAGGGUUGAUCUUCGACCUGACCAAGGCCGCACAUCUACUGCCGCAUUGAUGGCGGAAAGUGGGGAGCAAGUGCUACGUCAUGUUUUAGAGUCUCCAUUCUCUCCUGAGGGCUUCAUGGCUACUUCUUUAGCCGACCGUGAAAUAUUUAACAAAAUCCAAAACGCCUACAUGGCUUGUCUGGAUGAGAACAAGUUAAGAGACAUUGGCUCCAAGCCAUUGCUUUCUAUCUUGCGGCAUAUCGAAACUUUGUCUUCUCUGAGGAAUGUCCCUUCUGCUCUCUUGAAUCCAUUUUCUCCUCAGCUUUCCACGCAGCAACGAGUCGGAUACAUAUCUAAGCACCAAGACUCACUCACAAAGAUUGUAACGUUUCUUGCAAGUAUCGGGGUCUCGUCUUUGGUCGAUGUAGGCGUCGGACCUGACGAUCGAGAUCCUGAUGUUGUUGUUCCGUUCAUUAACGCCCCUCGUCAGCCCGGUCUACCAUCAAAAGAAUACUAUGAGGAUACCGAAAUUCUCAACCAGUAUGGUGCCGUCAUUGGUCAAGUCCUCGAGGCUCUUCUCGAAGAGGCUAACCAGACGGCUCCACUGCUGUCUUCCCGGCCAGUUUUUCAGAACAACGCUGACCUUGUCGAUAAAAUUGUCAACUUUGAACUUAAGUUAGCCAAAGCAACGCCAGCAACGGAAGAGGCAGAGGAUGUCACAUACUACUAUAACCCCAUGUCGUUCGCUGAGGUUAGCACCUUGAUACCACAAAUAGAUUUUGAACGAAUGAUAGCGUCUCUUGCCCCUCAAUCACCUAACAUCGGCAAAGUUAUUGUUGGCGCACCUGCGUAUUUGACAAUUCUAGCUACAGUGCUCCAGGAGACCAGCCCAGAAACUCUGCAAGCCUACUUUGUCUGGAAAACAGUGCAGCGAUACCACAGCAGAAUCGAGGACAAUGCUGUCAAGCCGCUCAAGAGAUUCAACAAUCAAAUCCGAGGCAAAGAGCCAGAUGCAGCAGAAGAGAGAUGGAGAACCUGCGUCACGGCCGCUGACUACGGCUUAGGUUGGAUACUAAGCAGGUUCUUUGUGCAAAAAUCAUUCUCGGAAGAGGCUAAAAAUUUUGGUGACAAGAUUGUAUCGGACAUCAAGCAUGAGUUUAUCAAAAAGAUUAAGUCUGCAGACUGGAUGAGUGAAGAGGUGAAAAGACUAGGCGUACAAAAAGUGCACGCUAUCAUACAAAAGAUUGGCUAUCCGACUAAGUCGCCCGACAUUCGAAACUCAUCUGCACUGGAGUUGUAUUACGAGACAGUCAACAUCAGUGACAACGCGUACUUCGACAACACACUGUCAGUUGCUAGAUUUGAUAUCGAUCGUGAAUGGUCCGCACUUGGAAAGCCAACAGAUAGGGAUGAGUGGGGAAUGACAGCUGACACUGUCAACGCCUACUACAACCCUCCAGGCAACGAGAUUGUGUUUCCAGCCGGCAUCAUGCAGAAGCCCGUGUUCUAUGAUCCCAGUGUCCCACAAUAUCUUUCCUAUGGGGCUUUUGGAGCAGUCAGCGGACACGAGCUCUCUCAUGCCUUCGAUUCUACCGGUAGGCAUUACGAUGAACGAGGCAACUACACUGACUGGUGGAAUAACGCCACUGUUGAAGCCUUCAAAGAAAAGGCCCAAUGCUUCAUUGACCAAUACGGACACUUUGAGGUCCCAAACCCAAACGGCGAAGACCUUCACGUAAAUGGCAGGUUGACACUGGGGGAAAAUAUAGCAGACGCAGGCGGCUUAAACGCGGCUUUCAAGGCCUGGAAAGCCAUAGAAGAACGCAAGGCGAGUGAAACAUUACCCGGGUUGCAAGACUUCUCAAAGGAACAACUAUUCUUCAUCUCAUAUUCCAAUUGGUGGUGUGGUAAGACAAGACCUGAGACUGCUGUGGAGCUGGUUUUUCGUGACCCUCAUGCUCCUGGAUGGGCGCGAAUCUUGGGAACUUUGGCAAAUUCACGCGAUUUCCGAGAAAGCUUCAAUUGUCCAGUCAAGGAGCCUACUUGUGAGCUCUGGUGA